AUGAGAGAGGGAGGGGAGCCGAGAGGCGGGUAGUGGGAAGCCCAGGAGGGAAACACUGGCCCUCCUCUCCUCUCGUAGUUGAGAGAUUUUUCUUGUUUAUCCGCAGGAGCCGCUGGCGACGCACGGCGCAGCGCACGGAGCCAGCCCGGGACGCACGGCUGGUGUGAUGGAUAGAUAGCAGGAGGAGGACGAGGAAUAGAAGAUGUCGUUCUUUGGCAUGGACUGCGUCAGGAAGAAAGAGAGAGAGGUGGAGAGGAAACUCCGAGCCAACGACCGCGACUACAACCUCUCCUUCAAAUAUGCAACGAACGCCAUCAAGACCUCCAAGUACAACCCCUUCACCUUCCUACCUCUUAACCUGUUUGAGCAGUUCCAGAGGAUUGCUAACGCCUACUUCCUGUUUCUGCUGGUGCUCCAGGUGAUUCCUCAGAUCUCCUCCCUGUCCUGGUUCACCACAGUCGUGCCUCUGAUUCUCGUGCUGUCAGUCACUGCUCUCAAGGAUGCCACUGAUGAUAUUAAUCGCCACCGGAGUGACAAUCAAGUCAACAACAGAAAAGUUCAAGUCCUUAUCGAUAGAAAACUGCGGAGCGAGAAAUGGAUGGACGUCCAGGUCGGAGACAUCAUCAAGCUGGAAAACAACCAGUUUGUCACCGCGGACCUCCUGUUGCUCUCCAGCAGUGAACCUCUCAACCUGGUGUACAUCGAGACAGCAGAACUGGAUGGAGAGACCAACUUGAAGGUGAGACAGGCUCUGACCGUGACAGGAGACCUGGGAGACGAUAUCGAAAAACUGGCAGAUUUCAACGGCGAGGUACUCUGCGAACCCCCCAACAACCGCCUGGACCGCUUCACGGGAACGCUAACCUACGCCGGUCAGAAAUACCCGCUGGACAACGAGAAGAUCCUGCUGCGUGGCUGCACCCUGAGGAACACGGAGUGGUGCUUUGGACUGGUGCUGUUCGGAGGUCCAGAGACGAAGCUGAUGCAAAACUGUGGAAAGACCACAUUCAAGAGGACCAGUAUAGACCGUCUGAUGAAUUUCCUAGUCAUUUGUAUUUUUGCCUUCCUGGCCUUCAUGUGCAUCAUCUUGGCAAUAGGAAACUACGUCUGGGAGCUGAACGAAGGCUCACACUUCACAGUUUUCCUGCCCAGACAAGAUGACAACGCUGCCGGCUUCUCCGCCUUCCUCACAUUCUGGUCCUACGUCAUCAUCCUCAACACUGUGGUGCCCAUCUCUCUCUAUGUUAGUGUGGAGAUCAUCCGGCUGGGGAACAGCUUCUACAUCGAAUGGGACAGGAAGAUGUACUACGCACGGAAAGACACCCCCGCCGAGGCGCGUACCACCACACUGAACGAGGAGCUGGGCCAAAUCAAGUACAUCUUCAGCGACAAAACAGGGACGCUCACCCAGAACAUCAUGAUCUUCAACAAGUGCUCCAUCAACGGCAAAUCUUACGGGGACGUGUAUGAUUACAUGGGUCAAAGACUGGAAAUAAAUGAGCACACAGAUACGGUGGACUUCUCCUUCAACCCGCUGGCCGACCCGCGCUUCAUGUUCCACGACCACGCCCUGGUGGAGGCGGUGAAGCUGGAGAACCCAGAGGUCCACGCCUUCUUCAGGCUGCUGGCACUCUGCCACACCGUCAUGGCCGAGGAGAAGAAAGAAGGAGAGAUUUUCUACCAGGCCCAGUCUCCAGAUGAGGGAGCGUUGGUAACGGCGGCCAGAAACUUUGGAUUUGUCUUCCGCUCGCGUACACCAGACAGCGUAUCCAUCGUGGAGAUGGGACGGCAGCGCAGCUAUGAGCUCCUCGCCAUCCUGGACUUCAACAACGUCCGCAAGAGGAUGUCCGUCAUAGUACGGAGUCCAGAGGGGAAACUCUCUCUCUACUGUAAAGGUGCAGACACGAUCAUCUAUGAGAGGCUGCAUCAGUCCUGCAGCAAGCUGAUGGACGUCACGACAGAGCACCUUAACGAGUUUGCUGGCGAUGGCCUUCGGACUCUGGCGCUGGCCUAUAAGGAUUUAGAUGAGGAGUAUUUCAACCAGUGGAAACAGCGCCACCAUGAGGCCAGCACGGAGAUGGACGACCGAGAGAGCAAACUGGACCAGCUGUACGAGGAGAUAGAGAAGGAUCUGCUGCUGCUUGGAGCAACAGCCAUAGAAGACAAGCUGCAAGACGGAGUACCUCAGACGAUUGAGCAGCUGUCCAAAGCCGACAUCAAAAUCUGGGUUUUGACUGGUGACAAGCAAGAAACUGCAGAAAACAUUGGUUACUCAUGCAACUUGUUGCGGGAGGAAAUGAACGAUGUCUUCAUCGUUUCGGGCAACUCGUCUGAGGAUGUCAGACAGGAACUGAGGAAUGCGCGGACCUCCAUGAAACCGGACGUGGUGGAGGAUUCAGUGUUUCUGUCAGAGAGGACGCUGGGUAAAAGUGUGAAAGUGGUGACGGACGAGGUGGCCAACGGAGAGUACGGCCUGGUGAUCAACGGGCACAGCCUGGCCUACGCCCUUGAACGCAGCACGGAGCUGGAGUUCCUGAAGACAGCGUGCAUGUGUAAGGCAGUGAUCUGCUGCAGGGUCACUCCUCUGCAGAAGGCUCAGGUGGUCGAGCUGGUCAAGAAGUACAAGCAGGCAGUCACACUGGCCAUCGGAGAUGGAGCCAACGAUGUCAGCAUGAUCAAAGCGGCACAUAUAGGUGUGGGCAUCUCAGGCCAGGAGGGGAUGCAGGCCGUGCUGUCCAGCGACUACUCUUUCGCCCAGUUCCGCUUCCUUGAGCGCCUCCUGCUGGUGCACGGCCGCUGGUCCUACCUGCGCAUGUGCAAGUUCCUGCGCUACUUCUUUUACAAGAACUUCACCUUCACCUUCGUUCACUUCUGGUACGCCUUCUUCUGCGGCUUCUCUGCACAGACGGUGUAUGAUGAGUGGUUCAUAACACUCUACAACCUGAUGUACACAGCACUACCUGUCCUGGGGAUGAGCCUGUUUGAUCAGGAUGUGAACGACGUAUGGAGCUUCCAGCAUCCUCAACUCUACGUCCCCGGUCAACUCAACCUCUACUUCAGCAAGAAGGCCUUCUUCAAGUGUGCCCUCCACAGUGGCUACAGCUCCAUGGUGCUCUUCUUCAUCCCCUACGCAGCCAUGUACGACACCGUGAGGGACGACGGGAAGGACGUCGCUGACUACCAGUCCUUCGCCCUCCUCACCCAGACGUGUCUGCUGUUUGCCGUCAGCAUCCAGUUGGGGUUCGAGAUGUCUUACUGGACGGCGGUGAAUACUUUCUUCGUGUUGGGCAGUCUGGCCAUGUACUUCGCCGUCACGUUCACCAUGUACAGUAACGGCAUGUUUCUCGCGCUGCCCUCGGCCUUCCCUUUCAUAGGAACAGCCCGAAACUCUCUGAACCAGCCCAACAUCUGGCUGACGAUCCUCCUCACCUCAAUCCUGUGUGUCCUUCCUGUGGUUACCUACCGCUUCCUGUUGAUUCAGCUCUGCCCCAGCAUCAAUGACAAGGUGAUGUUCAAGGUGAGACAGGCCAAAGCAGCACCUCCCCCUCCAACACGACGAACCCGCAUCCGCCGCACCAGCUCCCGCCGUUCAGGCUACGCCUUCUCGCACGCGCAGGGCUACGGGGACCUGGUGACGUCAGGCCGGUUCCUGCGGCGUCCCGCUGUGCGAUCUUCAGGUUUCACUCACGUGGGUCGCACCACCACGGGCUUCAGUCCCAUGGGACGAUCGGCAGGGUACAGCCCGACAGGACGCCCCCAGACUGCCAAGGUCCCAGAUGUGGAGGUGACAUCGCUGCAGAUGUACAGGACUAUCAGAGAUCCUGCCCUCUGACGGAAGGAGAAAUAAUGCCAACUGCACAGCUGCAUGCGGCUGGCAGUCAGAGGUGUUUGAGGCUCUCAUUUUUUCUUGUGUUACCAUGAGGAAUCGAAGAUUUUUCAAGAUCCAUCUCUGAUUUGCUCAGUAGCCUAAGGCAAGGGUUGAAAAAUGCAUGACGUUUGCUCUAAGCCUUGUAUUUUGUAAUGUAAGUUUUAUCAAAGGGAACUACAGCAAAAUGUGUUGCCACUUGUGAUUGGAUACUUCCCUCAGACUGUGAGUGUUCAUGUAAAACAUGCCUCAUGCAGAGGUAACACAAGAGGUUUGACUAAUGAAGUCUUUCUGACACUAGAAACAGUAACAGGGUGAUUCAUCUUCAAACAGGAGCUACCACAGAAUGACAAAGUGUCAUCAUGUUUACAGACUACCUGGAUGUUCUUCACUCUGGGAGUCCAGAUGCACAGCAGGCUUUGCACAGAGGAUAGAACCAGCAAAGCCAUUUUGAUUGAAGUACAAAUUUGAAAGAUUCUUAAAGUGUUUGUUUUAAAGCAUUAUAUUUCCCUUUCUUGAAAGCUGUACCAGCAGUUAGCACUUCAGCACACGGCAGUGGGAGAUCACUGAAAGUUUAGAAUAUCGUGAUUAUGUCGCUCCCAGCAGUUGUCUUCACAGUUGGUCGGGGGAGGAGAAGAGUGAGGAAACGUGUUUUUUGCAGCAGCAGCAGGAUUCAGCAUUCUGAGCCAUCUGGCUUUUGUUAGACAUUUGUAUGUUGCGUUACCACUUUCUGCGUGCUUGAAGAAGUUUCUGCAACCUAAAUUCAUUUGGGAAAAAUGAAGAAAAUCCCCAGGGUCGUUAUUUGGCCAAAGACGAGUCUGUGACGCAGAAUAUUUUUGGAUUUAAACUCAGAAGACAAGGCCAUUUAAUUACAAUCUUCAGUACCACUGUGCAAUGAGACACAAUUUAUACUUCAAAGGGUUUAUACGUUCUAAGUAAUAGUGUUAGUGUUAGUCAGAACAUGAUGCAUUUUUGCUUCACAGAUAAGAAAUAGGCUACCAACAAGAGCAAUGUUUGGACCGACAGGUUGCGAAAAGCUCCAAGUCAUGAAGCAUUUUUCUCACUAUGCUUUCAGACGUUAGUUUAGACAGUGAUUAUUAAUACUAAGUAAGUAUUGUUUGUAAGAGGUUGUUACACUACAGUAAUCCAUCAAAUAUGCCAUCCAUUGAACUACUCUUAAAUUGAAUUCUGGUUGUGCUGAAGGAGGAUAUACAUUAUCCAUCCAUCCAUCAUCUACACCCACUCAUCCUGUCCCAGCAUGCACUGGGCGGGAGGAGGGGCUCACCCCAGACAGGUUGACACUCACAACCUACAGGCAAUCCAGAGUCGCCAGUCAGUCUGACUGUGGAAGGAACCCAGCCAAUGUUUCACAACCUCACAACCCAAAAGUUGCUCUUCCGAUGGGUUAUUAUUUAUCUGUCUAUUAGCUGUCUCUAAAGCUUGUAGUUAUUACUAAUAAACAAUAAAGAAUGCCUCAUGACAAUGUGGUACCAGAUUUUCUACAGUGCAGCUAUAUAGGAGCAUAACAUAUAUAGAAUAAGUCUCUGCAAGAAAAUAUGAGGCCAGUAUUGUUCGUGGACAUCAGAUCACGUUUAUAUCCAGUGAAGAGGGAUCUUUCUCCUAUAGUUUGUGUCUGCGGCUGCUGGAAAAACUAAACCAACUGCACAUUUUCAUCUCAUCAAGCAGCAACUACAUGUCUUGAAUACAGAAUUCAAAAAGUUGUUGUUUGCUGGAGGAAAGUCGACCAUAUCUUUCUCUGUUGGAAGGGUUAUCGUACACACGCUACAGUGUCCACAUGUCCUCAGCUAGCUGGUUUUCUUUUGUGGUGCAGUUUUUGGUGCGUUCCCUCCUGGAAUAUUCUAAUGGGCUUUUAAUCAUUACGAUUUGUAUCUCAUUUUGAAAUCAGUUUAUAAGAUAUAGCACUGCAGUGACAAUUCUGUAUUCACUGUAUAAAUGUUGUUAUCUGGCUUGUUUCCAACAUCUCUCUCCCUCAGUCUUGUAUCAGCUUACUGUGUGUAUAUGUAUAUUUACAUAAUAAUACUUAACUUCAGAAGAAACAGAGAAGCUGCCCUUAUAUUUAAAGCAAAGAAAAUUCCUGCAUCUUGAGAAACAGAAACAGUUGUGACAAGAAUAUUUGCAGGAGGAUAGAGAUGUUCAGAAAUCAGUUUUGAGCAGCUACAGUCGGGAGGUUUCUGAAAUGUCAUGUUUGUUAUUUCAACAGGAAGAUGACUUCUGUAGGUAUCUGGGAUCAAUCUUAAUUUAUUAUGUGGUGCGUGAAGGUUUAAAGAACCGUUCAGAUGGAAUUGUUUCAAUACUUGUACAAUCAUAUUAUUUACCGGCUCUUUCUUUCCUGUAUCUCAUGGAUCCAUGAUUGUGUUUUUUGAACUUGUAUGUUUUUCGUCCGCAGUUGAUUAUAAACCAUGAAGACGACUGAUGGAUGCCUUGAAAUCAUAAACCUGGUGAAUCAAGUGUAUUGUUUGUAUCUGAUCAUCUGCUACCACAAUGUGUCUCAGUCAGUUGUUUGCCCGGAUUUGAAUGUACUAACACGUAACCUGCUGGUGAACCAAAGACUUAUUCAAGGCCUUGUCAGACCUGGUUUCCUCUAAAGUAAAAUUGAUGCUCAUCAAAAACAAAAAAAUCUGAUGCUGGAGGUCAGGGUGGUGACGCUGGUUUGUGCCACUGACAGCACAGUUAUUGUUUACUGUACAUUUACUGUAUGGAAAUAUUUCAAAGCUUGAAUAUGCAGAGGAAACAUUAACGGCAUGUUUGUAAAACUGUUGCUAAUAUUCGAUCUUUGCCUCAAUUAAGAUCAAAGUCUCGUUCUGUUAAAUCUUUUCACUCAGUGGUCUGAUAGCUUGUCUAGUUUUGUGCAAGAUGUGACCAUUUUAGUUAUACUGGGGCAAUUGUCAUUAUACUGGGGCCAGUUUCACACAGAUGUCAGUUGUUAAUAGCAGAUACAUGUGCAGGGCUCCUGUAUGCGGAUGUUUGGGUGACAACUGUCUCAAAGUGAAAUAUCAAAGUGAAAUAUAGGAGCUAGAGGACAUGAGCUCAUGUUGCAUGUUGCAUUUUGCAAAUUUGGAGAAUUCAAACAACAGAGCUGACAUUUAAAUUCUGACUAAAUUCAUGGAGAAAUCAGUCAGAACCACCCACUAAUGUAUUGCGUGUAUUAUUUUUUUUUCAGUAUUUUUUCGGUACUGUAAUUAAAAUAAAGUGUAGCCUCAAUGAAAAGUUAAGAUAUUUAUCAAUAUAUUACUAUUAAUGUAUCUUCAUCCCUGAAGACUGAAAUUGUAUCAACAUAAGGGAUUUUUGAUCAUUUCUCUUCCUCAAACUUGACUAAAGAAAUCUUGCUCUUUUCUGAUAAGCAUUUUGUAUUAUUUUUUUACUUAAAAGAGUUUUUACUGCAAUAAAAACGUAAAAUAUCAACAUGUC